UCUCUCUCUUUUUCAUUUUCAAAAUUUAGAAAAAAAAAUGUAUUAAAGAAUGAGAGAGAACGAAUCUACAGUUUUUUUUUGUUUUGUUUUGUUUUAUAUCACACAUCAACAAUUAUCUUAAAUUUAGUAAUUUCACAUAUUUAUUAUUUUCUUUUGUUUCCGUUUCAGCAUUGUGUUUGAAGUUUCUACUCAUUCAGUUAGAACAACACAACACAACACAACACAACACACAAACGUUUGAUGUUCGUGUCUCUCUUGAACCAUAGCUUUCUCUGUUAUUAAGGUUUCACUAUAGCUUUUUUUUUGGUGUAAAGGGUUCACAUUACUGAUCAAUCUAGGGUUCAACCGAUUUUAUUUUUUUGGGUUUUUUUUGAUCUGGUUAAUGUGAUCUACUUUCCCUCUUCAUCCAUUUUGAAUUUCUGGGUUUUGUUGGAUUUCAUGUUUUGAGUUUUAUUCAGCGAUAAAGUUGUGAUUUUUAGGUUUUAUUUGGGAAUUGGUUAUCUGGGUAUGUUUUGGAGGGUGUUUAAGGUUUGAUGAUUCUGGGUUUGGUUCUUUAGGGUUUGAUAAAAAUGGGGUUAGGUGGUGAAAAUGCUAAGGUAGUAGUAGAGUCUUUGGAUGUGUGUAAAUCAAAAGGGAGAAAGAAGAAGAAGAAGCAAGAUGGGGUAAUGGAAGAUGAAGAAACUGAAACUGGGUGUUGGCUUAGCUUUAGGUUCAUUGGAAGCUGCAUUUCUUCAAGAUCCAAAGUUGAUAGCUCUGUUAGUGGCGCAAGUACUAAUUAUGCUGAAAGCAAAUCAACUAUUGAUACAAGUAGAGACCAGCCAUCGGUUCCAGUAGCCUCUUCGACAACCACUACUACUAGUAACGCUGAAAGCAACUCAUCUACUUCGAAACUUGAAGAGGAGCUUAAAGUUGCUUCCAGGCUUCGAAAAUUCUCUUUCAACGAUCUUAAGUUGGCAACAAGAAAUUUUCGGCCCGAGAGUCUUCUUGGUGAAGGUGGGUUUGGUUGUGUGUUCAAAGGAUGGAUCGAAGAAAAUGGAACUGCUGCUGUGAAACCUGGUACUGGACUUACCGUUGCUGUCAAAACCCUUAACCACGAUGGUCUCCAAGGUCAUAAAGAAUGGCUGGCUGAAGUAAAUUAUCUCGGUGAUUUGGUUCAUCAAAACCUUGUCAAACUUAUAGGCUACUGUAUCGAGGAUGAUCAAAGGUUGCUUGUAUACGAGUUUAUGCCUCGUGGAAGCCUGGAAAACCACUUGUUUAGGAGAGCCUUGCCUCUGCCAUGGUCCAUUCGGAUGAAAAUUGCUCUAGGAGCUGCAAAGGGACUCGCAUUUCUUCACGAGGAAGCUGAACGACCUGUAAUAUAUAGGGAUUUCAAAACUUCCAAUAUACUAUUGGAUGCAGUAAGUGCCAAACGUUACGACAUGAUUACCUUUCAUUCUUUCCUUUAUUGUAAUAUUUCUAAUAAUAUAACCAUUCAGGAGUACAAUGCCAAGCUCUCCGACUUUGGACUUGCGAAAGAUGGUCCGGAAGGUGAUAAAACCCAUGUGUCUACUCGAGUUAUGGGAACUUAUGGUUACGCAGCACCAGAAUAUGUCAUGACAGGGCAUCUUACAUCAAGAAGUGAUGUGUAUAGUUUUGGAGUGGUACUACUUGAGAUGAUAACCGGGCGAAGAUCCAUGGACAAAAACCGACCAAAUGGCGAACACAACCUCGUGGAAUGGGCUAGACCACAUCUAGGAGAAAGACGAAGAUUCUACAGAUUGAUUGACCCUCGGUUGGAAGGUCACUUCUCGAUAAAAGGAGCUCAAAAAGCUGCCCAUUUAGCCGCACACUGUCUUAGCCGAGAUCCAAAAGCAAGACCACUAAUGAGCGAAGUUGUAGAAGCGUUGAAGCCUCUCCCAAACCUAAAGGACAUGGCUAGUUCAUCAUACUAUUUCCAGACGAUGCAAGCCGACCGUUUCAGCGCGAGUCCGAAUACUCGAAACGGUAGACAAGGAGCGUUCACGAGAAACGGACAACAACAAAGGAGCCUCUCCAUAUCACAUGGUACUCAUGCCUCUCCAUUUCACCAUCAGUAUCCUCAACAUUCACCAAAACCAACCGGAAAGGCGCAAAGUUGAUGAAUUUUCUGUCACUUCACCUUUUCAUUAUUUCUUAUUUUCUAAGCAUAGAUGUAACAUCUUCUUGUGAAGCCAUUUGUUCAUGGACACAACUUGAGGGCAAAAGAAGCAUGAAUGUAAGGGCAAGUAAAGCUUAUUGAGCUAACUACAUGCAUGUUUUGAAUCACCAUGAAUUUGACAAAAUUACAUUAACACCCUGGUUUUGUUGAAGCUUGAAAAUUGUAUGCUAUAAUUGUGGUAUCAAAGAGUUUGGCUACUUAAAUUAAUCAUUGCCAGUUGUUUAUGGAAAGAUGAGAAAGAAGCUUUAUUUGCAUUAA